GGUGGCCAGAAGAGGACUGGGAGACGCUGUGGCGCAAAGAAUCAUCAGCUCGUCUUCAGCAAGGACUGAACAGCCCCUUGUUUGGAUCCAGAGGUCACCUACUCUUUAUGAGUCGCUUUGAGGGCUCGCUGGAGGACAGGGGAAGACUGGAGAGGACAGGGGAAGACCAGGGAGAAGAGGACAGGAGAGCCAUGGAGGUGCGGCGAUGCAGAGGGAUCCCCCUGAGUGCCGUCAGUCCAAAGUUUCUGCACACAAACUCCACCAGUCAUACUUGGCCCUUCAGUGCCAUCGCAGAGCUAAUUGACAAUGCCUAUGAUCCAGACGUAAUGGCAAAGCAGCUGUGGAUCGACUGGACGCGCAUUAAAGGCAUCGACUGCUUGACGUUCCAGGACAACGGAAGCGGUAUGACACAGAGGAAGAUGUACAAGAUGCUGAGCUUUGGCUUCAGUGAUAAACAGAAGGUGAAAAGGCACAUCCCUGUUGGAGUGUACGGGAACGGAUUUAAGUCAGGCUCUAUGCGCCUGGGGAAGGAUGCCAUUGUCUUCUCCAAGACCACAGAGAGCAUGAGUGUGGGCCUUCUUUCACAGACCUACCUGGAGACCAUCCGGGCUCAGCAGGUGGUAGUGCCCAUUGUCACUUUUAGACGUGUUGGGCAGAACCAAGCUGAGGACGUAGCCAGCCUUCAAGAUAUACUCAGGUAUUCGCUGUUUAACACAGAGAGUGAGCUAUUCUCCGAGCUGCGGGCCAUAAAUGCCACUUCUGGCUCCACUGGCACUCGCAUCAUCAUCUGGAACCUACGCAGGAUUACAAAUGGUGAGACAGAGUUUGACUUCAACACGGACAGGUACGACAUCCAGAUCAAGGCAAACACAUGCCAUGGACAUGACAAGUAUAAGCGACAGGACAGCACCAUGCAGACGGUUCCCGAGAGUGACUACUCCUUGCGUGCCUACUGCAGCAUUUUGUACUUGAAGCCCCGGAUGCAGAUUAUUAUUAGAGGACAGAAAGUGAAGACACAGCUGAUCUCCAAGAGUUUGGCUCACAUUGCUAAGGACCAUUACCGACCCACCUUCCUUAGCAAUCGCAUCCGAAUCACAUUUGGGUACAACACCAAGAGUAAGGAGCAGUAUGGCAUAAUGAUGUAUCACAAAAACCGCCUCAUUAAGGCCUAUGAGAGAGUGGGCUGCCAGCGCAAGGCAGAUGGCAGGGGAGUUGGAGUGAUUGGCGUCAUUGAAUGUAACUUUCUCCAACCCACACACAACAAGCAAGAUUUUGACAACACUGACAAAUACAGGAAAACUGUGUACAACCUGGGAUUGAAACUAGAGGAGUACUGGAAUGAAAUCAGAUACAAAUGUAAGAAAGAGAAUCCUACGUGCACAAUACCAAUAGAAGACACUACGAAGUUUCCAGAUCAGACUUGGGUCCAGUGUGACAAGUGUCUGAAAUGGAGGAGGCUGCCAGAUGGCAUUAACUACAGGGGCCUCCCUGAACAGUGGUUCUGCCAUAUGAACCCGGAUCCUCAGUUUAGGAGCUGCAAAGCGGAAGAGGAGCCUGAGGACUCAGAUGACGAUCAGCGCUCAUACCCAAAGCCUUACAAGCGACAGAGGAGGAACAGUAAGAUCCAAAAGGAAGACAAAAAGCAACAGGUUUUAGCACCUGUCCUGCCUCCAUCAACUACUCCUUUGUCAGACAAUGAGGUGUGGAGACCAUUAGUAGAUGCUCUCACCGCAUAUUCAUCUCCUCACUCAACAAAUCCUGCUUACACAGGUUGUAGCACCUCUAGAAACAGCAUGCCCAUCAUCAGUGGAAGCACUCUAUCUGCAACACUUGAAAGGGUGAAGAAAAAACUUGCUAUGCAUUCUGCAGUGGAUGCAUGUGUGGAAACAGAUGGCACUGCUGCACCUCCUCUUUCCUUGCCUUUUUUGAGGAAGCAGAUUCUUGCCACCACCCAGAUGAAUACCAAGACACCACAAAGGGAGACAGAGUGGAGGGAAGAGGUGGAGGAGGACAUCACAGAAUAUGACCAAGAAAAGUACUGGCAGGAGGAACAGUGUGAAGACAAGGAGGAAGAGAGAGUGGCAAAGGCCACAGAGCUAUACCUGGAGGAAGCUGAGACUAUGGAAAUUAAAGCAAAUGCAUGGGAGGAGGUGCAGCAGCAGCAGCAGGACCAGCUGAUGGAGCUGAUGCAGACCACUGCCCAGGAGAGGGACACAUAUAAGGAGCAGGUUCACCAGCUACAGCAGGAAGUAAAGGAGAUUAAACACAGGUGUGAAUACCUGGAAGUCAUCAGGAGAGAGCGCAAUGAGCUCAAGAGCAGAUGUGAACAGAUGAAGAGGGAGCUGGAGCACAUGAAGAGACAGAGAGUGACAAUGAUGCAGAACAGUGACAUGACCCUCAAUCUGGAUCAAGGGACCCAGAAUGGAAUGGAAGAAAACUGCAGGAAGCUAAGGAGCCUUCGUUGCACCAUUGGCCGGCUUCUUGUGACCUUUGUGCCUACUCUGGAUCUGGACCAGAUCGAUUUUGACGGUGAUGUCAUCGAUGGGGUGCUAGAGCAGGUUGUGAAUGAAGUCACUUCACCUAAUGAUGCAGACUUUAUUUAAAGCCAGUGCUACCAUAUCACACAUUUCUCCUUCCAUCCUUCGUCCUUCCAUUCUUUUCUAUUAUAUUAAUAUUUUGUAAUAAAAUA